AUAAAUAUUAAAAACAUACAUAUGUACAUACUUUCUCCCUGUAAAUAAUUCAAACUUGAUGUUGUUUAUCAUUCGAUUUAAGCCUAGCAACGUUUUGUUUUGAUUGCCACCCACAUCCAUUCGUUGCACUCAUUCCAAUACAUACUAACUUGGCGCUAGAAAAUUCCUUAGAUUUUAGUAGUUAGUAGCGAGUCCUAAAACUUUAGUUUAUUGUUUACUCUGCGCAGGGUUAGAAGCGCGUCUAUUAGACAAUUUUACUAGUGUAAUUCAGUUCAUACAAAUAAUAAAUGUUAAAAGCAAUGUUACAAACGGCACGUGUACAUAUUCCCAAAUCACACGAAUGCAAUGUUUAUGGCAAAUCAACCAAAUACCGCUCGAAAUCUGCAAAUCCACCAACGGCACGCCCUUUCGUGAAUUACUCAGCGCAACGGGCGCGUUGUGUGCCACCAUUUUCUGUACAAUCGCUGCAGAAAAAUACUGUGGUUGUACAUGGACCGAUUGAAGAGCCACCAGCACCGGCAAGCGCACGCGGCAAAGUGCAUGGCAAAAAAUUGAACGGCAGAAAAAACAAAGCCAUUGCCACAUUGCAACUGGAUUUGGGCAUCGCUAAUGGCGGAGAUAGUCACAGGCGUGCUACAACAACAUUUCGCAUGUAUUUUGAUCGUGGAGAUCUGCCAAUAAAAAUGGAAUAUUUAUGUGGAGGCGAUAAAAUUGGUUGGACGGUGGAUAUUGACAAACUCGACUACAGCCUCUACUUGCCGCUCUUCUUUGAUGGCCUGUCUGAGACACAGCACCCCUAUAAGACCUAUGCACGUCAGGGUGUCACCGAUUUAUUGGUUUCUGGUGGCGAUAAAAUUCAUCCGGUUGUACCACAAUUAAUAUUACCACUUAAGAAUGCGUUGAGUACACGCAAUUUGGAGGUUAUGUGCACCACUUUAAAGAUAAUACAACAACUCGUUAUGUCCUCAGAUAUGGUAGGUCCAGCUUUAGUGCCGUUUUAUAGACAAUUACUGCCAAUGUUUAAUGCGUUCAAGGUGAAAAAUGUGAAUUGUGGCGAUGAAAUAGACUACGCUCAACGCACCAACAUGAAUCUCGGCGAUCUCAUCGAUGAGACAUUACAAGUGUUGGAAUUGCAUGGCGGCGAAGAUGCUUUCAUCAAUAUCAAAUAUAUGGUGCCCACUUAUGAGUCUUGUUAUUUGAAUUAAAUUAUGUUAAUUUCCAAUAAUUUUGCGAUAAUUUUAUGCUUAUAACACUUCUAGUAGUAAUUAGUAAAUGCAAACGCUUUUUUAAUGCUGCCAUAU